AUGCCCCGUUCUUCUCGUACAGGUGUAUUAGUUUUUGAUCCAGAAAUCGAGAAGACCGCACGAAAGUUGAAGAAGCAAGCUAAGGAGUGGAAAAAGAGAUCCAAUUCUGCUCCAUCGAGUCUUGAGGAUCAAGAAGAAAUUGAAGAUCCAAUGGGUGACCGUAAUAAUAGGGAUGAGGAGAACGAUAGAGAGAUCGUUGAUCCUCGACAGGAACCACCUCAACUGAUCAGAGAGUUAGGCCGUCAUAGAAGCAAUCGCCCUUUGUGCAUUGUCCUUCCUGCCAUUAAUGGCAACGCUGAAAUACGGCCUGGUUUCAUUCAAGUGCUACCCAAAUUCGGUGAUUUACCUGGAGAGAGUGUACACAAGCAUCUGGCUGAAUUUGAUCUAGUUUGCUCAACUCUACGCCCUCAUGGUUUUACUGAAAAUAAUUUGAGGCUAUUGACUUUUUCUCAUACUUUGCAGGGUAGAGCGAGAGAUUGGCUUUUUGAUCUUCCUCCUGGUUCGAUUAGAACUUGGGGAGAUUUAGAAGAACAAUUCUUGCGAAAAUUCUUUCCUGAGUCCAGAGCUGCAAAUUUGAGAAUGGCCAUUAGCAGCAUUAAACAGAAGAAGGCGGAGAGUUUAGCCGAUUAUUGGGAGAGAUUCCAACAGCUGUGUCGCAAGUGUCCUGAUCAUGGAUUUUCUGACUACCAAUUGCUUACUAACUAUUUUUAUCGUGGUAUGUCUUCUUUUGAUAGGAAAAUUGUUGACGCUGCUUGUGGUGGAAGCUUGACCAAUAAAACUUUGGACGAAGCAAAGCAACUCAUCGUUGACAUGGUUUCAAAUGGCCAACAAUAUGAGGAUGAGGAUGAUGAUCGUUAUAGGCCAGUGCAGAAAGUAGAAGAUUCCAACAUGAACGAGAGAAUUGAUGCUCUCACCUCUUUAGAUAAUAAUACUGAGCAAGCAUGCAUGGGAUCCGCUGAUGAGCAAGAGAUGAACGCACAAAGGCAAAGGCGAAACGACCCUUUUUCCAACACCUACAAUCCAGGGUGGAGAAAUCACCCAAAUUUUAGGUGGAGACAGCAGGAACCAGGGAUGUACGCGCCGAAUCCGCCGCAGGCUAGACAGUAUGCCCAUACCGCACAUCCUGCACCGAGUUCUGCACCCAAUAUGAACGAUAUCAUGAAGAGCCUCGCCCAGAGCAGUGAAAUUGUGAAGAAUUUGGUGCAAAGUCAGCAGGCAUUCCAGCAUGAAACUCAGGCAGCGUUGAGUAAUAUGGGCACACAAAUCACGCAGUUAGCCACUCAGGUGAACAAGCUGCAGGCGAAUCAAGGCCGACUUCCUUCUGUCACGGAGAUGAAUCCCAAGGAAAAUGCAAGUGCUGUAACUACAAGAAGUGGGAGAAUUCUAGCUGAGCCACAGCCUAAGCAGCAGGACAAAGAAAAGCCCGAUGAAGCCAAGGACGAUGCAAUUAGUGAGAAGUCACCAGAAUCCACCGAGCCUAUCUCUUCUAAGGUAAGUGGAAAACCUAAGGUUUCAAUUCCUCAAUCACUGAUUGCACCACCUUUUCCUUCUAGGUUGGCUCAGAACAAGAGAAUUGAAGAAGAGAAGGAUAUUCUGGAAAUCUUCAAGAAGGUAGAAAUAAACUUGCCCUUGCUUGAUGCAAUUAAGCAAGUUCCCAGGUACGCAAAGUUUUUAAAAGAGUUAUGCUCUAAGAAAAUGAAGUUUGGGAAUGAUGCGAGAAUUCGAGUGAGUGAGAAUGUUUCUGCUGUUCUUCAAAGAAAAUUACCCCAAAAGUGUCGAGAUCCUGGUAUGUUCACCAUUCCAUGCAUUAUAGGUAAUAAGACUGUUGAGAGAGCCAUGCUAGAUUUAGGAGCAUCCAUAAAUGUCAUGCCUUAUUCUGUGUAUAAGGAUUUGCAAUUAGGACCUUUGAAAGACACUCGUGUUAUCAUUCAGUUAGCUGAUAGGUCUACUGCAUAUCCCGAAGGUGUUGUUGAGGAUGUCCUUGUCAAGGUCAAUGAUUUGAUUUUUCCUGUGGAUUUUUAUAUUGUUGAUAUAGAUGAUUCUGCCUCUGCCAAGCAAUCCUUGAUUCUUUUAGGGAGACCAUUCAUGAAAACUGCUAAGGCAAAAAUUGAUGUGGAUAGUGGAAUGCUUAGCCUUGAAUUUGAUGGAGAUAUUGUCACAUUUAAUAUUUUUGAGGCUAUGAAGCAUGUUGAGGAUCCUGAAUCUGUGUUCAUGAUUGAUGUUAUUGAUCAUUUGGUUGAGGAAUUUGUUGAGAAUUUCAGGGAGGAUGAGCUUGAGCGGGUUAUUUUCAGUUCCCUAACUGAAGAGAACACCAAAACUGAGGAGAAUGAAGACAUUAGAGAGAUUAUCAUGCAGCUGUACUCAACGGAGGAAAUUCCAGUUCGCCACUUGUCGAGCAGGAUGCCCAUACCGACCAGCACAUAA